AUGCAAACACUUAGAGAAUGUCUUAAAGAUUUAAGAAUUGCUGAUUAUUAUCGAUAUCCAAUUGCUAUUGCAUUUAAAGUUGUAGAUAGAAGCAAAAGUAAAGAGGAAGUUAUAGAGCUUGGUCAUGCUUAUGAAUUAUUUAUUAGAACUCUACCACUUCCAGAAAUUACUAAAGAAUCAGCAGACCUGGAGCAAGUUGAAGUUAAAAGAAUUGAUGAAAUUGAUAAUGUUGCUAUCAAAGAAACCAACAAAGCCUCUCUAAUUAAUGCUACAAAUGCAGAAGUAUCAGUUUUAAGUCCAUUGCCAUCAUAA